AACGAUAACAAAAGCAAAACUACGUUACUCCGUUACCAGGCAAAUUAUCAUGUUCGCUGUUUUCCUUUUUUGAUAACGCCCAAAUAAAAUAAAUUUUUAACGUUAGGACGACACUGAAAAUAUAGGUAUUUAGUGUUGAAAAAUCGUUCAGAGGCAAUCAUGACCAUUCUUUAUUUUUUGUUUCUGUUCUCAAGCACUGUGUCAGGAUUUCUGGUUCAAAAUGGAUCCACGGGAAUUUCCAGCUCUCAGACUAGUGCUGACAGAACAAUACAAAACCUGCUCAAUUUGAUUGUAAACGAACAGAACUCGAGGCUUCAGCUGCAGAACAUUGUUACGACUUUGAGCAACAAAAUUGACCAGCUUGAAAAUGCACAAGACCAAAUGCAGAAGAAUUCGGAUGUUAAACUUAAUCAAACGGAAAAUGAAAUGGUGAAGAAAUUGAAAGAAAUGAGCGCUAGAUUAGUUCAAAUGGAACAAUUCAAUACAGAGGUCUCAAAACAACUGGACAAGGAGAAAAAUAAUAGGGAAUAUCUAGAAGAAAUGUAUACAGUCUUAGAAAAACGUGUGAAUAAUUUAACAAUAGAGUGUGGAACUAGUACAACACAAUCAGAAAAACGUAAUAUAGAAACGACACUGAACAAUUUGACAAGCUUGUUCACAAUCAACCGUAACAAUCUAACAGAUGUGAAUAUGAAACUCAUAAACUUGGCCAGCCUAUAUAAAAACGAUUUCAACGCCAUGGAAGUGAAGCUUCAAAACCUGACUAACUCAAGCAGCUAUAUGCAAGACAAGCUUGCUGCUGUAGAAACAAAACUGAACAACUUAACAUUUGGCGAAAAUGAAAUCCAUAUUAGACUAAAUAAUAUUUCAAACGAGAAUGUUGCUCUGAAAUUACUAUUUCGUAAUUUAACGAAACAGACUGAAACAAGAAGUAAUGUAACUAACUACGAAAUGGUAACAUUACAGGCCACUCUGACACAAAAUCAACAUGAACUCGCAGUUAUCAAUUCAACACUUUCUGGUAUGAUAAAAAGUGUGACGAUCAAUGGUUUAAUUAAAUAUCAUGAAGCAGUUGGGUUCUCUGUCAAUAACCCUGAUAAAUCGUCUGGAAGUCCUUUGAAGUACCAAACUCUAACGUACAAUACAGGACAUGGAUACAACAUGUCUACUGGGGUGUUCACAUGUUAAUAUCCCGGGCUCUACUUCUUCACAGCAACUAUGUUUAGAUUACCAGGUGUCUACGAAAGUGUCUGCUUUUUCUACGUUAACAACAACGAAUACAAUAGGUUAAAUAGUGGUGUCGGAUCAGAAACGGGAUAUAAUUCAGCAACGGAAUCGAUUGUUUUCAUGUUAGAUGUAGGAGACAGGGUUUAUAUAUCGAGAUGUAGUAACGUUGGUCACAUGUAUCGUUAUACUAGUUUUUCCGGAUUCCUUAUUUCAAAUUAGAUAUCCAUUUAAACAAAUAACUUCUUCAUUGUUGCUUGAAUCUAAACAAUUACAAGUAAUGUUACACUGCUAUUAAGAUAAAUUCAUGAUAUAUUCUUGAUCAAUGAAGAAAAGUAUUAUAAUGAUCAAAACAAUUUUUUAGUGUUCAUAAAAUGUGUAAUUUUAUAAAAUAUGCUGCAAUUAUGAUAAAUACUUGUGUGCACAUUGAAAAGAAAAGAUAGUGGUUUUAUAAUAAUGGCCUGUAUUCGGACUUGUCUUUCGCACAUGUUUGACGGUAUAUGCCCACUUAAGUAUUGAGAGUUUUUGAACAUGAACAUACCUAAACUGGAGAACACUGGGUUUAAUGUGCAAGUCCAGAUGACAUUUGCUUGUUUCUUUGUCCGAGCGAAAUACAUUUCACCGUGUGAACACAAGAUGUAAUUAAAAUAUAUGGUCACAAGUGGCUUAGAUAGAAGUAAAAAUGCACGACAGUGUGUUUACGAGUGAAAGAUAUUCUGAUCUUAUAUGCAUGCAAAAAAGACAUUUUAUUUCAAACUGUUGUCUUUUCCAAUGGUCUUAACCACAUUUUACUCAUUUGACUGUUUUUGAGUAAAGAUAAAUAUAUAAUAUUAUGUCA